UAAUAAUUUAUGUAUAAAUUUUUAAGAGUCAAGCUGCAAAAUUCGGGUCUAUACGGACUUUAAGUUUUUUUUGCGAGGAAUAAGCCAAAAAUAGUUAUUCGAAGACAUAGUGCUUUAUUGAGCCAAAGUUUUAGAAAUAAGAUCUGACAAAGGUACGUAAAGCGGAUUCUACAAUGAGUAUUUAAGACAGAAAAUUUAAACUUUAACCUUUUAGCUGUACGAAAUUGACCAAUCACAGUCGAAUGUGAAAACAAAUCGCUUGUGUAGAAUCCGCUUAAAAUGCAAUUUACAGCGGACAUAAUGAACAUUCUCGGUCUCCAUAGUUUGUUCUUAUAUAAAGAUCGUCUUAAGAAUGAUCAUAAGAUGGUAUUUGAAUCGUUUUAUUAGCUAAUGAGUACUUAAAAUAAAUAUUUGACUCGAUAGAAGGCGUACAAUGAUUCUUACGUAGACGAAGCUACUAUUUAUCCCAAAUUACAAUCAAAUAGUGUUUGUGGAGCUUCAGCAAGCAGAAAAACGAUGUUGCGGUUGGAGGAGUACAUUUGCCGUAGAAAACGGAAUUCGCACUCAGCCUCAAACGAGGCCGGAUUUUGUGUUGGAUUGGCGUGAUCGAUUAAUACGCGUUAAUACCGCUUAUUAUCCUCGUAUAGCGAGCACACGAGAAACAUUAGCGAGCCGUUAUUUCACAUUUCAUCCAUUCGCGCAAACAUCGAUCAAAAUAAAUACGAGGUGUUUGCAAAAGGUCGUAAGGACACAAAUAGAUAGCAACUGAGGAAAUCCUUUCCUUUAAACUACUGUUUAGAUUUGAAGUGUUGGCAGUACUCGAUCACAUCCGGUCGAUGCUUGACAAUUUCGAAUACAGUGUCACAUUUAACACGAUUGAAGAUGUCUUCGUCCAAUAUCAAUAGAGUCGCGCUUCGCGGACACAUUUUGUAUUACUAUAGGCGAGGCAGGAGUGCUGAAGACACUAUAAGUCUGAUUUAUCAGGAGUAUAGAAGGGAUGUACUGCCCCUUAGUAUCUGUAAAAUGUGGUUUAAAAAGUUUGAGUCGGGUAAUUAUAAUGAUUACUGGACACGUAAUGGAACUAGAAGCGAAGUGCAAGUAUUGUACGACGAGGACCCAUCCCAAUCACAACAGAAGAUCGCAGAUAGGCUUGGAAUAUCUCAAAAAACGGUAUCUAGAUAUUUGAAAGUACUAAUAGAGAACGGGCAGAUAGAAAGAGUUCCAACUAGAACCCAAGUGGAAGAAUUGUACAACAAGGACCCGUCCAAAUCACAACGGGAGAUCGCAGACACGCUUGGACUUUCUGCAUCAACAGUAUCGUAUUAUUUGAUACGAGCAGGGAACAGGCAGAUAGAAAGACAAAGUAGAAAUUAUAGAAGCGAAGUGGAAGAAUUGUACAACGCGGACCGGUACCAAACAUACCAGACGAUCGCAGAGAGGCUUGGCAUUCCUGUAUCAACAGUAACGUAUCAUAUGAUAGCAAUAAGAAAGAACGAGCAGAUAGAAAGACAAAGUAGAAAUUAUAGAAGCGAAGUGGGAGCAUUGUACAACGCGGGACCGUCCGGAACACAACAGAUCGUAAACAGGCUUGAAAUGCCUGGCUCAACAGUAUUGUAUCAUGUGAAAGCAAUAGAAGAGGAGACAGGAAGACAAGUUAGCAGAACUAGAAGCCAAUUGGAAACAUUGCCGGACACAACUCUGCACCAAACACCACCACCGGUGCUUCUAAAGAACUUUAGCAAUUCUGAAGCAGCAGCAUGGUGUCAUGUGAAAGAAGUAGAAGAAAACCAGGAGAAAGAAACACAAGAUGAUGAGGAAUAUGUAGAUGUAUGGACGAUCUCGGAUACUGAUGAAGACGAUAAUACUCUCGGUUGGGCGCGUACCUGACAAAGUGCUCACUUCAUAAGUACAGUGAGCGACUGCUUCCUUUUUACUCGGAGACUUGCGGUCCUUGUCAGCAACGUUUAAAGAAAGUAACAAACUGUUAGCGUAAUAUUUAUAAUAUAUAUUUUUUGUAACAUUUGGAAAUGUUAGAAAAAUGUACACGUGUCUGCUAUUUAUUAUAAAGGUUUAAUUAAUGACAUAUUUUCUGACACUCUUAACUGUCGACUUCUCAUGUAGUUCUUCGUAAAUGAAAUGUUUAAUAAUUAAUUAUAGCGUGCUUUUAACAACGAAAAGCAAUAAAAGAGGACGGAGAGAAGGAAAGAUAAGAUAAACAGAGGGAGUAAAAUAAAAUAAAAUCAUGUAAUAAGUUGCCUAGAGUUUGUGCGAAAGAUUUGCUCAGUUGUUUUUUGUGCCGAAUUUUCCUAAGUCACUGAUUCACGUACACACAUAAAGGAGAAUAUAUCUUGCAGUAAAUACUUCAUAUAAUACUGUAUAUUUGCUGGCUUUUGACAUACUUUAAGUUUGUAACAACUAUUAAUAAAGCAUCUAAAAUAACAUUAAUACAAACGCACUUACAGGAACGUACUACUCAGGUCUGCUGUUACAUGUUUAAUUAAUUAACUAUUUUGUAUACCACUUUUGCAAAUUUGUAACUUAUCUUUUGUUAUUUUGUUAAUUCAUCUUUGAAAACUUGUAAAACUCUUAAUUUUUUACUUGCUUCAAUGAUUUUAAAACAAGUACGUUAUUAUACACAUUGUAAUACAUCUUACAAAACUAACAAAGAUAAUACUAAAGAUAAUAUUAAC